AUGUGUGUCCCAAUACCCGGGCGGCUUUCAGCGUGCGGGGCCCCGCAACCGCAAGACAGGGAGCGCGAGAUAUGGCCAACAGUAAUCUGCCCCGAAGAAUCAUCAAGGAAACUCAACGUCUGCUCAGUGAACCAGAGCAAGUUGAAACCUGAUUUUGACAGAGUUUCAUCUCAAUCGAUUGUUGCAGCUCCCGGUAUAAGUGCCUCUCCAUCUGAGGAUAACAUGCGGUAUUUCAACGUUAUGGUUCUUGGUCCUACACAAUCACCUUAUGAAGGAGGAGUUUUCAAGUUGGAGCUCUUUUUGCCCGAAGAAUACCCUAUGGCAGCUCCCAAGGUUAGGUUCCUCACCAAGAUAUACCAUCCUAACAUUGAUAAGCUUGGAAGAAUCUGUCUCGAUAUCCUGAAGGACAAAUGGAGCCCUGCACUACAGAUACGAACAGUGCUCUUAAGUAUCCAAGCUCUUCUGAGUGCACCAAACCCUGAUGAUCCGUUGUCUGAGAACAUCGCUAAGCAUUGGAAGAGUAAUGAAGUAGAAGCUGUGGAGACAGCUAAGGAAUGGACCCGUCUUUACGCAAGUGGCGCAUGA